UGGACCAUUCUCUAAUAGGCCUCCACCACAAAAACAAGGAACAUUCAGCCAGCCCCACGUCUUAAAUGAAACAAAACAGAACAAACACGCAAACAACUUCCAUUAUUAUUCAUUCAGACACCAUCCAAUUUGAUCUUCCUCAAUGGCUGCUGCUUCUGCUGCCCUCCAAUCCGAGCAGCUGAAGCAGCUCAGGGACAUCUUCGCGCGCUUCGACAUGGACGCCGACGGCAGCCUUACGCAGCUCGAGCUUGCCGCCCUCCUCCGCUCCCUCGGCCUCAAGCCGACCGGCGACCAGAUCCACGCCAUGCUUGCCGACAUGGACUCCAAUGGCAACGGCUCGGUCGAGUUUGACGAGCUGGUCAGUGCCCUGCUGCCCAACAUGACCGAGCAAGUCUUUGUCAACCAGGAGCAGCUGGCGGAGGUGUUCCGUCUGUUUGACCGCGACGGCAACGGCUACAUCACGCCGGCCGAGCUGGCCGGGUCGAUGGCCAAGAUGGGUCAUCCCCUGACGUACCGCGAGCUGUCGGAGAUGAUGAGGGAGGCUGACACCAACGGUGACGGUGUCAUCAGCUUCCAGGAGUUCGCCACCAUCAUGGCCCGGUCCGCUGCCGAUUUUCUUGGUCUGCGUUCGCUUAGGAGGCAGUGAUUCAUCAUGAUUCAGUUUCCAUGGGCAAUCAUGAACCAAGAUCCGUCCAAUGAAGAUUGUGAAUGAUAUGACUUGGUCCUGGUUGGCUUUUAGGUUUUAGCUUGAAUUUUGUCUGUGGCCUGCAAGGCUGUGUCCAGGAAGGAGAAGGAGAGUUCUGUACAAAGAAAAAGGAUGAUUGAAAUCGAUGUCUCUCCUUCAACGGGAAUGACCAACCCUUUCUCCAAGUUUUCUGUAUGUAAAUCAUUCAUUUUCUCACCGAAUUCCUUCAUUUUAUCAUAAAUUUCUACGAUGAAAUAUUCAAAAUGUUCAA